CUCCCUGCUUGCCUCGACCAGACAUCUCUCAGUCAGGCGCGGGUAGAGAAGAAAGUCGAGAAAUAACACCCCAAGUAACGAUGAAGCAAGCCUCAGUGAGCCCUUAUAUAUGGUCUAGAGGUAGGUGAGUCGGAGCCUUCCCAUUGGGUGGUGAUAGAGGCCAAUCAGAAAAGGAACCCGCUAUCCCCUAAUUUGCAUGUGCCUUUUGCUGUGAUGACGUAUGGGGCGCUGGAUCCUAUCAGAAACUAGGAGCUCUUGAUGCUUCAUUUGAAUACAGGAUGUAUAAGUUGAGUGGUUUAGGAGGUUUGGAGCUUUUUGUGUGUUGGUGUGUGCGAAGAUUUGCCAACAUGCCUGAUCCGUCCAAAUCGGCUCCGGCACCCAAGAAGGGUUCUAAGAAGGCUGUUACCAAAGCGCAGAAAAAAGACGGCAAAAAGCGCAAGCGCAGCCGGAAAGAAAGCUAUUCCAUCUACGUGUACAAAGUGUUGAAGCAGGUACAUCCCGACACGGGCAUCUCUUCUAAGGCCAUGGGCAUAAUGAAUUCCUUCGUCAACGACAUCUUUGAGCGCAUCGCCAGCGAGGCUUCCCGCUUGGCGCACUACAACAAGCGCUCUACCAUCACGUCUCGGGAGGUGCAGACAGCUGUGCGUCUGCUGUUGCCUGGCGAACUGGCCAAACACGCCGUGUCUGAAGGUACCAAAGCCGUCACCAAGUACACCAGCUCCAAGUGAGGCGCGCCGAGGCGCCGGGGAACCCAAAGGCUCUUUUCAGAGCCACCCACAAGAUCGAGAAAGGGUUUUGAACACGUGAAGGGUUAUGUAAACGCAUCCUUUUCUGCUCCAUAGCGGUUCUUCUGUUCCUUAAGAGGGCUAGAUCCGUUUAUCUCCCCCACAAACGUGUGAGCCCGUGUGUAUGUGAGCAGAAUGCGAGAAUGCCCCUGCUUCUUACAGUGGUCGGAUAUGGGAACGAAACAGCUGGAUCGUGGGGGAGGUGAUCAAAGAACCGAUGUUGACUCUCGCCUCCGCCCAGGGCUAUUAAUGCUUCACUAAGCAAAGUAGGAACUUUGACCUCAAGUGUGCUUUUGUGUUUUGAGCGUGCCACUUCCAGGGAUUAAGCGCAAGAACCCCACCUAGGUCCAGUCCUUUACUCCCCUGGCGUUCACCUGUGGCUGAGGGGCGCGGGUCAACUCCCAUCUCCCGCCCAAGGGACCUCCGCCAGUUCCCCUCACCUCCGUUUCCCUGAUGGGUGAGUCUGAAGGUGCACUAUAAAGGACCGCUUGAUGAGGCUCUGGGUCUUGUGGCGCAGCUCUGGCGGUGGCGCCUGGCGAUGCAUCCCACCUAAACCAGACAUCUUUGUCCUAAGGCAGUGAACACUUAAAGGAAGAUGUUUGCAUGUCUGGAUCCUUCAAGGGCAGGAUGUUUGAAACCGAAAGAAAAAUGGACGCUUGGUGGAACGCAGCGCCCUGUGCAGGGGAGGCGGAUAUAAUAAGCCGACCCCCUGAUGCAGGUGGCUUUAAUCUUUAUGGGGGACGGGGGCGAGCGGCAAUUUAAGAACAAAAUAACCUUUUCCCCAGCAAAUGUAGCUCUCUCCCACUUCACCUACAUUAUUUUCUGUGAUGUGCUUAAUGAUGCAGAAUUUUCUUUUUUUUUUCUUUGAAUUCAUGGCAUUCAUUUGGCCAAAUGUCAUCUUAGCUCGGGGAUGCUUUGGCGUGAAGAGACUUCACUCUGAGAACAUCGCCUACCUGUUUUCUUGCUUUGGUUCUUAUCAUUUGUAAGAAUGAGAUUCCAAAUAAUCACUUUCCUGAGCUGUUUUUGAGAAUUACAUGUAUUGAAAGAUUAUGUCAUCAUCUCAGGCAAGGGGCAGAGCUCAUUAAAAUGUAACAAUUGUG